GACUUGCAGAGUUUGGACAAGAGCUCCCGACACGGCAGCUGAGCUGAGCUCCUUCAAACUUCAGAACAAGAGUGUGAGAAGCUCAGAAGGUCCAAAAGGGCGGUGGAGGUCACAUUGAAGGGAGCGAGAGCAUCUGUGACAGCAUCUAAACUUUUCCACCGUUUUUCUCCUUUAAACAAAAGGACGACAAUAUUGGCUUUUUCAUCACUAUCUUGUUACUGUUUUUAGCGAGCCAAUGUCUCUCCCUUUACCUCAAGAUUCAUCCUGAGGUUCUGAGCGGAGACACGAACUAUUACAACUUUGUUGGCGACAAGUCAUAGACCGUUCGGUCUGAAAAUGGGCAUCAAGCGUGUGCCAUUGUUGCUUGUGCAGGUACUUCUCCUGGUGGCUGUGUCCUCCGGGCAGAACACGGGGACCGAGGGGACAAAAGAGGAGAUCCCAGAAGGAGCGUCCACCCUGGCGUUCGUCUUUGAUGUCACCGGCUCCAUGUACGAUGAUCUCGUGCAGGUUAUUGAAGGGGCAUCCAAGAUUUUGGAGAUGUCGCAGAGUAGAACAAAGAGACCCCUCUACAACUAUGCAUUGGUUCCUUUCCACGACCCGGAAAUAGGACCGGUAACCAUCACAACGGAUCCAAAGAAGUUUCAGUUUGAACUGAGGGAGCUGUACGUCCAGGGAGGUGGAGACUGCCCAGAAAUGAGCAUUGGCGCCAUCAAGAUCGCCCUGGAGAUCUCCCUGCCAGGGUCCUUCAUUUACGUGUUCACAGAUGCUCGAUCCAAAGACUACAAGCUGACCCAGGAGGUCCUGCAGCUCAUCCAGCAGAAACAGUCUCAGGUGGUGUUUGUGCUGACAGGGGACUGUGAUGACCGGGCUCACAUUGGGUACAAGGUCUACGAAGAGAUCGCCUCCACCAGCUCUGGACAGGUGUUCCACCUGGACAAGAAACAAGUCAACGAGGUGUUGAAAUGGGUGGAAGAGGCAGUGCAGUCGUCCAAGGUCCACCUGCUGUCCACUGACCACUACAACGGGGUCAGCAACACCUGGCCGAUCCCCUUUGACCCCAGCCUGAAGGAGGUCACUGUGGCACUCAGCGGCCCCGCACCUGACAUCGAGAUACGCAACCCCCAGGGGAAGCUCGUCGGGAAGAGCGAUGGUCUGACGGAACUCCUGCACAUUCCUAACUCUGCCAGAGUCGUCAACAUCAAGGAUCCGGAGCCUGGAAUGUGGUCCAUUAAGACGUCUAGCGAGGGCAGACACUCAGUCCGGAUCUCAGGAGUCAGCACCAUCGACUUCCGGGCCGGAUUUUCCAGGAAGCCAACUCUGGACUUCAAGAUGACCUCCAGCCGGCCAGUUCAAGGUAUCGCCACUUACAUCCUGCUGAACACCACAGGGCUGUCCCAUCCGGCGCGAGCUGAUAGGCUGGAGCUUGUAUCAAUCACAGGCGGUGUGAUUAAGACUCUCCCAGUGCGGUACUAUCCCAACACUGGGACGGGAAGUCCCCUGACAGGAACCAUCUGGAACAUCACAGAGUUUGUCCCGCCGAAAGAGGCCUUCUUCCUGCGGGUCACAGGUUAUGACAAGGACGGCUUCCUGUUCCAGAGGGUCUCCAGUGUGUCCUUCUCCAGUAUUGUUCCUGAUGCACCUAAGGUUCUGAUGCCCCCCACCACCCCGGGGUACUACCUGCAGAGAGGGACCAUCUCCUGCCAGGUAGACAGCCUCCUCCCCUUCACCCUGCGCUUCACCAGGGAGGGGAAAAGCCUGGGUGUCGAUCAGCUCUUCAGGGAGUCAGCCAAUGCAUUGUGGGAGCUGGCCCAGGUGACUCUGACGGAUGAGGGCUUCUACGAGUGCAUCGCCAUCAGCAACGCUGGGACAGGGCACGCCCGAACCUUCCUGGAUGUCUCAGAGCCCCCUCCAGCAAUCACAGUGGGCGGUAAUGUGACAGCAACUCCAGGUUCCAGUGUUGUUCUGACCUGCCAUGUGGCCAGUACGGUCCAGUUCAACCUGAGCUGGCACAGAGGGGGUGUGGACGCCCGGCUAGACCCCCGCCGGCGCCCCCUGGCCAACCUCUCACUGGACAUAAACUCCAUUGGCCCCGACGACGCCGGCUGGUACGAGUGUGUCGCCACCAACGAGGGAGGAGUUUCAAUCGAACGCAUCUACCUCAUCGUGCAAGAGCCCCCCCAGGUGUCAGUGGACCCCCGGCACCAGACCUUUACCACGGGACAGGAAGUGAGGAUCAGGUGCUCGGCCAGAGGUUACCCCACCCCCCACCUGGUCUGGACACACAACGACAUGUUCCUCAUGGGUUCCAGCAGACACAGAAUGACCCCUGAUGGGAGUCUGAUCAUCAGGAACAUGGAACAGAAGGAUGCUGGGGUGUACGGCUGUCUGGCCAGCAACCUGGCUGGGACAGACACUCAAACAUCCGUCCUCACCUAUAACGAGUCCCCUGUGGUGAUCGUGGUGCUGAGUGAGAUUCUGAUUGGUCUAGGAGAAACCACCAUCUUGGCAUGCUCCGCCUCAGGGAUCCCCCAGCCGGAGAUCAGGUGGUUCAAAGGCGACCUGCAGCUGCGGCCAUCAUCCUACAUGGAUAUUGACCCCCUGGGAGGGACUCUGACGAUCAAGGAGACACAGGACGUUGACGCGGGGGACUACACCUGUGUGGCUGCGAACCCUUCAGGAACCUCCUCACCUGGGAAGAUCACCCUGGAUGUAGGAUCUGCACCCCAGUUCACCAGAGAACCGUCUGACGUGGCGGUGGACAUUGGCUCUAACGUGACCCUGCCGUGCCACGUGCAGGGGUACCCCGAACCCCAGAUCACCUGGAGGAGGGAGGACAACACACCCAUCUUCACCAGACGCCCCACACACAGCACCAUCACACAGAAGACAGGAGGGGACCUGCAAAUCAGCAAUCUGUGGGUGGAGGAUGAGACGGUGUAUGUGUGUGAGGCCCAGAACCAGUUUGGGAGGAUCCAGACACACGCCAGAGUCACUGUCACCGGACUGGUGUCCCCGGUGAUUGGCAACAGUCCGGGGGUGCUGAAUGUGAUCAAGGAGCAGCAGGUGACUCUGCCCUGUGUGCUGCUGGCGGGAAACCCCCUACCUGAGAGACGCUGGCUACACAACCACGGCCUGGUGAGCUCCAGCCCGUAUGUGACGGUGCGUAGAGACAGCAGCCUGCAUAUAGAACACGUUCGUCUGGAGGACGGAGGGCAAUACACCUGCCUGGCAGAGAACGUGCUGGGCUCCAGCAACCGCACCACCACCCUCAACAUCUAUGUGAUGCCUACCAUCCAACAUGGCCCUCAGGUCUUCAGUACCAUAGAGGGCACCCCCAUCUCCCUACCCUGUCGUGCCGACGGAGUGCCCACGCCCGACAUCACCUGGUCCAAGCGAGGGGAGCUGUUGAACGUCGGUGGUCUGUCUUUCUCUCUGGGGUCUGACGGCAGCCUCCACAUCACCUCCCCCACCGGGGAAGAGUCUGGGGAGUUUGUCUGCACUGCAACCAACGCAGCCGGCUACAGGUCCAAGAAGGUCCAGCUCACUGUCUACGUGCGUCCCAGGCAGAGCGGGGUCUCUGGAGGGGUGGGGAGCAACGGUGGGGCCCUGGAGGUGUCUGUCAUCGAGGGAGAGGACGUGACCCUGCCCUGUGAGGUCCAAAGUAUCCCCCCUCCAAUCAUCACCUGGGCCAAGGAGAAACAGCUCAUCUCCCCCUUCUCACCCAGACACACCCAGCUGCCCUCUGGUUCCAUGAAGAUCCUGGAGAGCCGGGUGUCAGAUAGUGGUCUGUACGUGUGUGUGGCCUCUAACAUCGCAGGCAACUUCACCCAGAACAUUCUCCUCAGUGUCCUCGUGCCCCCCAGUAUCCAAGCUGGCCCGAGGGUGUUGAAGGUGCAGGUGGAGCAUCCUGUGGAUAUUCCCUGCGUGGCACGGGGGGUUCCACAGCCCUUCCUGGCCUGGCUGAAGGAUGGCGCCGCCCUGGUGGUGGACGGGACACAGUAUAGGACCUCCCUCGAUGGCUCUCUGACCUUAGGCCAGGUGGGGCUGAGUGAUCAAGGGACUUACACCUGCCUGGCCACCAGCAUCGCUGGAACAGACCAGGCCAAUAUACAGCUGCAGGUGCAAGUUCCCCCCGUGGUUGAUGUCCUGGAGCCCCCCUUCAACAGCCCCCACCAGGAGAGAGUAGCAAACCAGCGCAUCGCCUUCCCCUGCCCAGCCAAAGGCACUCCUACCCCCGUGAUCAAGUGGUUGCGUAACGGUCAGGAGCUGACAGGGAACGAACCCGGUCUGACCAUCAUGGAGGAUGGAACCCUUCUCAUACUGGCAUCGGUGUCUCAGCUGGACAACGGAGAGUAUGUCUGCACUGCCGCCAAUGAGGCUGGCACCACCCAGAAGAAGUACCAGCUCAAAGUCAACGUGCCCCCAGAUCUCCGUGACAACGGGUCGCCGGGCAACGUGUCGGUGGUUCUGAACCAGCCCACCAACCUGGUGUGUGAUGUCACAGGAAGUCCUGUUCCCGUCAUCACCUGGUACAAGGAUGGCGUUCCUGUGGUUCCCAGUAGCAGUGUUCAGAUCUUGCAGCGUGGGAAGACCCUGAGGCUAUUGAAGGCCACCAUGGCAGACACAGGAAGUUAUAGCUGCAAGGCCAUAAACAUCGCAGGAAGUACAGAGAAGGACUUCCUUCUGGAAGUGCUGGUCCCCCCCACCAUCGUAGGGACUGGCUCCCCUCGGGAUGUGUCGGCAGUGCUCAACCAGGAGAUCAGUCUGGACUGUAAGGUCAAAGGAACUCCCUUUCCCACAAUCCAGUGGUACAAAGACAGGAAACUGGUGUUCCUAGGUGACCCAAACAUAGAGGUCAGCAACAAGGGCCAGACAUUGAAAAUAAAGAGUGCUCGCCUCGGAGACCAGGCACACUACCAGUGUAGUGUCACCAACGCAGCGGGCAAACAGACCAAAGACUUCAACCUCAGUGUCUACGUCCCUCCCACUAUAAAGGGUGGUAACGUGACCUCAGAGGUCACCACCCUCCUGGAUAAUGUAGUAAUGCUGGAGUGUGAGGCGCGCGGCGUUCCGCUCCCCGCUAUCACCUGGUACCGUAACGGAGAGGCCAUCCUGUCCAGCUACCAGGCACAGUACGUGGACCGAGGUCACUUCCUGCGAAUCCCACGCGCCCAGGCAUCUGACACUGGUCAGUUCAGCUGCAGGGUCACCAGUGUGGCGGGCACUGCAGAGAAGAACUUUGAGCUGGACGUGUACCUUCCUCCUUCCAUCAAGGGGGGGCAGGACACCGCUACAGAGAGAAAGGUGGUACUCACUAAGCCCCUUAACCUGGAGUGUGAGGUAGGGGGGCACCCUCCUCCCACCCUGACAUGGUUGAAGGAUGGCGUACCCGUCCGGAAUGGGGAGAGCAUAAACAUUCUGGAGCAAGGCCGGAAAAUCGAGAUCCUCUCUGCUUCUGUGUCCGACGCCGGCCGCUAUGUCUGCGUGGCAACCAGCGUUGCCGGGGAGAAGGAGAUCAACUAUGACGUCAGUGUCCUAGUUCCCCCUGUGGUGGAGGGAGGGGAGGAGGUCACAGACACCACGGUCAUCAUCAACAACCUCCUGGAACUAGAGUGUCGUGCCACGGGAACACCUUCACCCAUUCUCACGUGGUUUAAGGACGGUCAGCCGGUCAGGCAGGGUGAGGGGGUGAGGGUCACGGCUAACGGCCGUCGGCUGGUCAUCUCUCGGCCCCAGGUCUCAGACACGGCACGCUUCCAGUGUGUGGCAACCAACGAGGCUGGAGACCAUAAGAGGGACUUCAAUGUGGUCGUCCAUGUCCCUCCAUCUAUCCGCUCCACCGGUGCCUCUGAGAGGUCUGUGGUCCUCCACAAGCCCAUCAGCCUCCAGUGUGUUCCCAAUGGCACCCCUCUCCCCAGCAUCACCUGGCUCAAAGAUGGCCGCCCUGUGGACACCGCCCAGGAGCACCUGAAGCUGGAGGCGGCCGGUAGGACACUGCAUAUCACGGAGGCCAGACUAGAGGAUGCUGGGAGAUAUACAUGUGUGGCAACGAACGCAGCAGGAGAGACCCAGCAACACAUCCGCCUCAGUGUCCAUGAGCCUCCAAGUGUCCCUUAUUCUGGAGAGACCUUCAAUGAGACCAUCAUAGCAGGCUACCCCAUCCAGUUGGAGUGCAAGGCCACAGGGAGUCCAGUUCCUGCCAUUACCUGGUACAAGGACGGUCGCCCUCUAACCAGCGCAGCCGGGGUGACCAUCCUGAAGCGCGGUCAGCUGCUGGAGAUCGACCGUGCUCAGCUGUCCGACGCCGGGCUGUACCGGUGUAUAGCGGUCAACGUGGCCGGAACCUCAGAGCUCUCUCACAGGCUGCAGGUGUACGUGCCCCCUGCCAUCUCCAGCCGCAGUGCCAUGGUGACGGUGGUGGUGAACGACCCUGCCAGGCUGGAGUGUGAGGCCACCGGCGUUCCUCUGCCAAGUCUCACCUGGCUCAAAGAUGGCAGCCCUGUUGCCAGUGUCUCCGAUGGCAUACAGGUGUUGUCCGGUGGUACAGUGCUGUCUCUCAGCAGUGCUCAGGUCAGUGAUACAGGGAAGUACACCUGUGUGGCCGUCAACGCAGGAGGAGAGCAGCAGAGAGAAUAUGACCUGAGGGUGUACGUGCCACCCAACAUCAUGGGUGAGGAGGUGAAUGCCACUGUAAUGCUGGGUCGCUCGGUAGAGCUGCGUUGCCAGAGUGACGCGAUCCCUCCUCCCACUCUGUCCUGGCGCAAAGAUGGCCGCCCGCUCUUCAGGAAGCCAGGACUGACCGUGUCGGAGGAUGGGAGUGUGCUGAAGAUUGACAGUGCUCAGGUGCAGGACUCCGGCAGAUACACCUGUGAGGCCACCAAUAUCGCUGGCAAGACUGAGAAGAACUACAACCUCAAUGUCUGGGUCUCUCCCAGUAUCCGGGGUUCAGAGGAUGUGUCUCCCAUGACAGUGAUUGAGGGAAGUCUGAUCACUCUGGUGUGUGAGUCCAGUGGCAUUCCACCGCCCAGCCUCACCUGGCGCAAGAACGGUUCAGAGUUGAAGUCGGACUCGAGGGUCCGGGCCCUGUCGGGGGGUCGUCAGCUACAGAUCUCCGGUGUUGAGAGGACAGACUCCGCCUCUUACACCUGCAUCGCCUCCAACGCCGCCGGCAACGCAGCCAAGGAGUACAGCCUGCAGGUGUAUGUCCGCCCUUCCAUCAGACUCAGUGAGGGGACCGCAGGAAAUGACAUCACCAUGACGAGGGGAGGAGACAUCACCCUGCAGUGCGAGGCUGACGGCGUGCCCCGCCCAGCGGUCACAUGGCUGAAGGACGGUAGACCAAUCACAGGCCAGCGUGGGGCUCAGGUGCUAAAUGAGGGGCGGCUACUACAAAUCAAGGACGCCAAGGUUUCGGACACGGGGCGCUACACGUGUGUGGCGGUGAAUGUGGCGGGACAGGCCGACAGCAAGCAUGAUGUCAACGUACACGUCCCCCCCAGUAUCAGUGGUCAGACCCAGGUCCCAGAGAAUGUGAGUGUGGUGGUGAACAACCCUGUGGCUCUGACCUGUGAGGCCUCCGGCAUCCCCCUUCCUGCUAUCACCUGGCUGAAGGACGGACGGCCAAUCAGAGCCUCCAGCUCUGUCCGCGUCCUCUCAGGAGGGCGGAGCCUUCGUCUGAUGCACGCAGCAGUGGAGGAUGCUGGGAGAUACAGCUGCAUUGUGUCCAACACGGCCGGAGAGGAGAGGAAGAACUUUGACCUGGACAUCCUGGUCCCCCCUAGCAUUGUGGAUGAAGGCACGGUGCAGGAUGCCAAGGUCAAGGAGAAACACAACGUGACCCUGACCUGUGAGGUUGCAGGUAACCCAGUGCCGGAGAUCACCUGGCUGAAGGACGGACAGUCAUUAGGGACAGACAGACGUCACCAGGUGUUGUCUCACGGACGGUACCUGCAGAUAUCUGGUGCCCAGGUGGAUGACACGGGCAGGUACAGCUGCCUGGCACACAACAGAGCAGGAGACCGCAGCAGACACUUCAACCUCAAUGUACUGGUGUCUCCCACCAUCGUGGGCUCAGGUCCCGAGGGUUCGGCUGAAGAGGUGACAGUCACCCUGAGCAGCCCCACGUCUCUGGUGUGUGAGGUGCAGUCCUACCCCCCUGCCCUCAUCACAUGGCUCAAGGAUGGGACGCCGUUGGAGUCCAGCCACAACGUCCGAGUGCUGCCAGGUGGGCGGACCCUGCAGAUCCUGAACGCCAAGGAGGAGGAUGCUGGGAGGUACACAUGUGUGGCCACUAAUGAGGCUGGAGACAGCCUGAAGAACUACGAGGUCAAAGUUUACAUUCCUCCCCAAAUCAAUAAGAAUGAUGUCCCAGGUGAGGGGCUGGCCCCCAAGGAGGUCAAGAUAAAGGUCAACAACACUCUGACCCUGGAGUGUGAGGCUCAGGCCAUCCCUACACCCUCACUGCAAUGGUACAAAGACGGACAGGUGCUAAGGGCAGAUGACCAUGUGACAAUUAAUGCCAACGGUCGUACUGUCAGGAUCAAACAUGCUCAGGUGUCCGACACUGGACGCUACACCUGCGUAGCAACCAACAUCGCCGGGGAGGACGAGAAGGACUUUGAUAUAAAUAUACAAGUCCCUCCUAGUUUCCAGCGUCCCGGGGGGGUGGGAGAUACCACCUCGACACCAGGCACUGGGGGUGAUGUUAAGGAUGUGGUACUAAACAACCCUAUCUCUCUGUACUGUGAGACCAACGCUGUUCCCCCGCCCAUACUCACCUGGUACAAAGAUGGACGCCCAAUGGCCUCCAACGAAAACGUGCUCAUCAUGCCUGGUGGGCGAGUGCUGCAGAUCCCCAGGGCUCAGGCUGAGGAUUCUGGGAGAUAUACGUGCUUGGCGGUGAACGAGGCGGGAGAGGACUCCAUCCAGUAUGACGUCAGAGUGCUGGUGCCCCCCUCAAUCCGCGGGGUGGACCGUGACCUACCUGAGGAGAUGGUGAUCCAGGUGAAUAAGACCACAGUGUUGGAGUGUCAAGCGGACGGAAGUCCCACCCCUAAAAUCACCUGGCUGAAGGACAGUCAGCCAAUAAGCCCUAAAGGACCCCACAGACUGCUGUCCAAUGGACGCUCCCUGCAGGUGGUGAAUGCCCAGGUGACAGACACAGGACACUAUGUGUGUGUGGCUGAUAACCUGGCGGGAAGCGCAGAGAAAUCCUUCAAUCUCAACGUCCAUGUCCCCCCCACCAUAGUGGGAGCUAGCCCAGAGAAUGUGACGGUGGUGGUGAAUAACUUUGUGUCUCUGACUUGUGAGGCUACUGGGUUCCCCCCUCCCUCUCUGAGCUGGGUCAAAGACAGGAGUCCUGUACAGGCCAAUACCAACGCACUCAUCAUGCCAGGUGGACGCACCCUGCAGAUUCUGAGGGCUAAAAUGUCUGACGGGGGGAUGUACAGCUGUGUAGCCAUGAACCCUGCUGGAGAGGCCAGGAAACUCCUCCACCUCACUGUGUUUGUCCCUCCCAGUAUCAGAGACAGCAGUGGGGACUCUCCUGUGGUGGUGAGUGUGCGUGUGGGCAACUCAGUGACUCUGGAGUGUGAGUCCAACGCUGUGCCCCCUCCCACCAUCACCUGGUACAAGAACGGUCGGAUGGUGACAGAGUCUGCCAACCUCCGCAUCCUGGCACAGGGACAGAUGCUGGAGCUGAAGGGUGCAGAGGUGUCUGACACUGGCCAGUACGUCUGCAAGGCCACCAACGUGGCCGGACAGGUGGACAAGAACUUCCACCUCAACAUCUACGUGCCCCCCAAUAUAGACGGUCCAGUGGAGGAGAAGAUAGUGGAGACCAUCAGCAACCCUGUCACCUUUGCCUGUGACGCCACGGGCAUCCCCCCUCCCAGCCUCAUUUGGCUCAAGAACGGUCGGACCAUAGAGAACUCAGAGUCUCUGGAGUUGCACAUCCUGUCUGGAGGGAGCAAGCUGCAGAUCGCCCGCUCCCAGCUCUCAGACUCUGGCACCUACACCUGUAUGGCUUCCAACGUGGAGGGCAAGGCUCGAAAGAGUUACCACCUCACCAUACAAGUCCCUCCCAGCAUCUCAGGAUCGGAGAUGCCCAGUGAGGUGGGGGUGCUGCUGAAUGACAGCAUCCAGCUGGUGUGUCUCUCUCAGGGAACCCCGCCCCCCUCCAUCCAGUGGCUGAAGGAUGGAAAGGCCCUCAAGGCAGGAUCCAGGGGACUCAGGAUCAGUCUAGAUGGCAGCACUCUGACUGUGUCUGGAGCUCACACCUCUGACAGUGGGAAGUACACCUGUGUAGCCACCAACAAGGCUGGAGAAGAGGACCGGAUAUUCAACCUCAAUGUCUAUGUGCCUCCUGUGAUCAAGGGGAACAGUGAUACGGCUGUGGUUUUUACCACCGUUCUAGACAGCUCCAUCAACAUAGAGUGUGUUGCCGUGGGUUACCCUCCACCUCAGCUCAACUGGCUGAAGAACGGACUGCCUCUCCCUGUCUCCUCACAGAUACGCCUGCUCUCUGGCGGACAGGUGCUCAGGAUUGCGAGGGCUCAAGUCUCAGACGGCGGCACCUUUACCUGUGUGGCAUCCAACAGGGCUGGUGUGGACAACAGGCACUACAACCUACAGGUUCACGUUCCUCCCAGUCUGGACGGGGUGGGGAGUAAGGAGGAUGUGACGGUGGUGAGAGGGAACCUGGCCUCCCUACUAUGUAUAGCUGAUGGAACUCCAAGCCCCUCCAUGUCCUGGAUGAGAGAGGGGGAGGCCCUGGUCCCUGGACCCCACGUCAAGCUGCUCAAUGUGGGCACCACGGUACAGAUCAUCCAGGCCAGGGUGGAGGAUACGGGACGCUACACCUGUGUGGCAAGAAACAGCGCUGGCCAAGCCAGCCGACACUUCCACCUCAAAGUACUGGACCCCCCUCGUAUCAACGGUUCAGGCGUGGCAGCGGAGGUGUCGGUGGUAGUGAACCAUGUUCUGGAGCUGCUGUGUGAAGCCACAGGUAUCCCCACCCCCACCCUCACCUGGAUGAAGGACGGACGGCCGCUCCCCCAGACAGACAGCCUGCGCGUCCUCAGAGGAGGGGAGGUGCUCAGGAUCUCCUCCCCACAGCUGGAGGACACAGGGAGGUACACCUGUCUGGCCAACAGUCCUGCAGGAGACGACGAUAAAGACUUCCUGGUCCGCGUGCAUGUUCCCCCUAACAUCGCUGGGGAGAGCACGCCACAGAAUGUGUCAGUGCUGCAGAACAGACAGGUGACUCUGGAGUGCAAGUCAGACGCUGUCCCUCCCCCAGCACUCACAUGGCUCAAAGACGGCAAGCCACUCCAGGCCUCCCCUCGUGUGCGUAUACUGUCCAAUGCGCGUUACCUCCAGAUCAACAUGGCUGAGCUGGGGGAUGGAGCUCAGUACACCUGUGUAGCCAGCAACAUUGCUGGCAAGACCACACGACAGUUCAAUCUGGCUGUUAAUGUUGCUCCCACCAUAGCAGAGGGCCCUCUGACUGUAGCCGUCCACAUAGACCAGCCUGUGGUGUUGGAGUGUAUUGUGAGUGGAGUGCCCGCCCCCCGCGUCACCUGGAGGAAACAUGGAGCCAUUCUGGCAGGAACCAACCCCAGGUACAUGUUUGCUGAGGAUGGCUCGCUCCACGUCCCCUCAGCCCAGGUGACUGAUACAGGAAGGUAUCUGUGUAUGGCCACCAACCAGGCUGGGACACAACGCAAGAGAGUCGACCUGCAAGUCCACGUUCCCCCCUCUAUCUCCCGCGGUCCCACCAACAUAACCGUGACAGUGAACGUUCAGACUACCCUCUCCUGCGAGGCUACGGGCAUCCCCAAGCCCACGGUCAGCUGGACCAAGAACGGUCAAACACUCAACACAGACCACAACCAGAAUAUGUACAGGUUAUUGUCGUCAGGUUCUCUGGUGGUCAUAGCCCCCACAGUGGAGGACACAGCUGAGUAUGAGUGUGUGGUGUCUAACGAGGCCGGAGAGGAGGCCAGAGCCAUACAGCUCACUGUCCAGGUUCCUCCCUCCAUAGCGGAUGAAGCCACAGAGCUGGUGGUGAGCAGACUGUCCCCACUGGUGAUUGGCUGUACUGCGUCAGGAGUCCCAGAGCCCAUGCUGCACUGGAGUAAAGAUGGGAUGAAACUCCCCGAGGAGGGGAACGGUUACAGCAUCCUGUCCUCAGAGGUGCCAGUGAUCCAGGUCCACCCCUCCACUAUGGAUGUGAUCGUUAACAACCCCAUCACCCUCCCCUGCAGAGCUACUGGCUCCCCACUUCCCACCAUCACCUGGCAGAAAGAGGGCAUCAACAUCCCCAGCACCGAAGGUGUCUUCACCGUGCUGCCUAACGGUGGGCUGCAGAUCUCCAGAGCUGCUGUGGUAGACUCAGGAACAUAUAUGUGUGUGGCCCAGAACCCUGCUGGCACCGCUCUGGGCAAGACCAAACUCAGAGUACAAGUCCCUCCAGUGAUCAGCUCCCAGACCCAGAGUUACCUGGUUACCCUGGACUCCUCUGUCACCAUGCUGUGCCAAGCUGAAGGCUCUCCCUCACCCUCCAUGGCCUGGCAUAAAGACGGGCAGCCUCUCAGCGAGUCUGUGCGCAAGCGGGUCCUGAGCUCGGGGUCUCUGCAGAUAGCAUUCGCCCAGCCCGGGGACACGGGUCGAUACACCUGCACCGCAGCUAACGCAGCUGGCACCAGCAGUCUGGAGAUGAGCCUAACUGUACAGAUCCCUCCCUCUAUCCGUAGAGGGGAGUCGGAGGUGUCUGUGGUGGAGAACAGCCAGGCCCAGAUAGCGUGCGUGGCAGAGGGGGUCCCCCAGCCCACCCUGUCCUGGGAGAAGGAGGGGACCCCCUUGAGCGACACCUCUGGAGAGUACACCAUCCUGCCUUCUGGGGAGCUGGUCAUCGACAUCGCUCAGCCUGAUGAUGAGGGCAGCUACACCUGUGUGGCCACUAACACGGUAGGUCAGGACAGCCAGACGAUCAGUUUGACCGUCCACACCCAGCCUGCCUUCACUGAGCUGCUGGCAGACAUGGCCCUCAACAAGGGAGAGCGCCUAGUAAUGGCCUGUGGGGUCACCGGCAUCCCCCCUCCUAAAAUCACCUGGGCUUUCAACAACAUCAUCAUCCCAGCUCACUAUGACCAUGUGAAUGGACAUAGUGAGCUGGUCAUUGAGCGGGUUACCAAAGACAACUCGGGAACCUACUCCUGUAUUGCUGAGAACCGUGUGGGAACCAUCAAGUCCCUGGGCUUUGUCUACGUCAAAGAGCCCCCCAUCAUUGACGGGGACUUCCACUCCAACCGAAUCGAGCCUCUGGGGGGUAACGCCAUCCUAAACUGUGAGGUACGAGGAGACCCCCUGCCCACCAUCCAGUGGAGCAAGAAGGGUGUCAACAUCCAGAUCAGCAACCGUAUCCACCAGCUGGACAACGGUUCUCUGGCCAUCUACGGCACCGUGAAUGAAGAUGCAGGGAACUAUAUGUGUGUGGCCACCAACGAUGCUGGGGUGGUGGAGAAGAGUGUCACUCUCACCCUGCAGAGCUCUCCCUCCAUCACAGUAGAGCCGGUAGAGACGGUGGUAGACGCUGGCACCACGGUGCUACUGAACUGUCGUGCGGAAGGGGAGCCCACUCCUGUCAUCGAGUGGUCCCGCCAGGGGAGCCCUCUCCUGGGUAACGAGCGCUUCACCACCCUUUCCAACGGCUCUCUGAGGCUGACCAGCGCCCAGAAGGAAGACACGGCCGAGUAUCAGUGUGUGGCCAGGAACCUCCUGGGUUCUAUGCUGGUCAGAGUCACUCUCACUGUCAGAGUGCACGGAGGGUUCUCAGAGUGGAUGGAGUGGGGCCCCUGCAGUGUGUCCUGUGGUGUCGGGACUCAGCGGAGGCUGAGGCAGUGUAACAACCCCCUGCCUGCCAACGGGGGUCGCCACUGUGUCAAUUCGGACACAGAGACACGCAGCUGCCAGGGCAAGCCCUGUCCAGUGGAUGGUAACUGGUCAGAGUGGUCAGAGUGGGAAGAGUGUUCUCGUACCUGUGGCCAGGGCAACAGGACCAGGGUGCGCACCUGCACCAACCCCUCCGUGCAGCAUGGGGGCAGACCCUGUGAGGGCAAGGCAGUGGAGGCCAUCAUGUGUAGCAUCAGGCCCUGUCCUGUGGCAGGUAACUGGGGGGCGUGGUUGCCAUGGAGCUCGUGCAGUGAGACGUGCGGUAAAGGGAUGCAGACCAGAGUGCGUCUGUGUAACAACCCCCCUUCCUCAUUCCACGGGCCACCGUGUGAAGGCCCCGACACACAGACACAACUCUGCAAGGAGAGACACUGUCCUGUGGAUGGGAAGUGGUCAUCGUGGGUGAGCUGGGGGGCCUGCAGUGUCUCCUGUGGGGGUGGAACCAGACAACGGACACGCCUCUGUGCCAGCCCCGCCCCCCAGCACAGGGGCAGGCAGUGUGAGGGUAACGACGUGCACAUCGACUUCUGCAACAGUGACCCGUGCCCUGUUCAUGGUAACUGGGGUCUGUGGAGUAGUUGGGGCAGCUGCAGCAGGACGUGUAAUGGAGGACAGAUGAAGCGCUACAGAACAUGUGACAACCCCAGACCCGCCAAUGGGGGCAGAGCAUGUGCCGGGGCAGACUCACAGAUACAGAGGUGCAGCACAGCCAACUGCCCUGUGGAUGGCAACUGGGGAGCGUGGCAGCCCUGGGGAGAAUGCUCCGCCUCCUGUGCGGGCGGAGAGAGAACUCGAGUCAAACUCUGUAAUAACCCAUCGCCUAGCAACGAGGGCCGCCUCUGCCCAGGAGACUCCACCCAGGUGUCCAGGUGUAACGGCCAAGCGUGUCCAGGUGGGCCUCAGAAGGCAAGAGGCAGCAUCAUAGGAAACAUUAACAACGUGGAGUUUGGAAUUGCCAUCCUCAACGCCACCAUCUCUGACAACCAAUCUGGAGGCAGGGUUAUACACGCCACCAUCUCCAAUGUACCUCGGAGCCUGGGCCCAGCUAUGAGGAAGCUGAUCUCCAUCCUGAACUCCAUCUAUUGGACGACGGCUCAGGAGCUAGGGGAGGCAGUGAACGGCUACUCUCUGACCAGAGGUGUGUUCAGACGGGAGACACAGGUGGAGUUUGCCACAGGUGAGAUCCUGAGGAUGACCCAUGUGGCUCGGGGGCUGGACUCAGACGGAGCACUGCUAUUGGAUAUCGUGCUGAAUGGACACAUUCUGCAGCUGCCGUCUAAUGCUGACAUCAGCAUCAAAGACUACACAGAGGACUACAUUCAGACUGGUCCAGGCCAGCUGUAUGCUCUCUCCACCCGGAUGUUCAGUAUUGACCGGGUCAGUGUGCCCUACUCCUGGAACCACACAAUCACCUACGACCCUGCCAAGGGAAAGAUGCCCUACCUGGUGGAGACUCUCCAUGCCUCGGCCAUCAGCGCCCACUACCGCCCCCUAGAGGAAGUCCUGGAAUACAAGCUCCACGCCACCAUCACCAAGGGUGACCGUAGUAACCAGUGUCCCGUUGGCUUCAGGCUGGACUCUGCAGGACCCUACUGUGCAGAUGAGGAUGAGUGUAAGGAGAGGAGCCCUUGUUCUCAUGUCUGUCACAAUGCCAUGGGAACCUACUAUUGCUCCUGUCCCCGAGGACUCACCAUCUCAGCUGACGGCAGGACCUGUCAGGACAUUGAUGAGUGUUCUCUGGGUGGGCACAUGUGCCAUGACGGGCAGGACUGUGAGAACACCAUUGGCUCCUACCGCUGUGUGAUGCGCUGUGGGCGGGGCUUCAGAAGGACAGCCGAUGGACACAGUUGCCAAGAUGUCAAUGAGUGCCAGGAGUCUAACCCGUGUAACCAGCACUGUCUGAACACCAUCGGUAGCUACCGCUGUGCCUGUGAGCCCGGGUACCAACUCAGGAACCGCCGCUGUAUAGACAUAAACGAGUGCAGACAGAGGGUGUGUCGUUCAGACCAGCAGUGUAAGAACAUGCGGGGAAGCUACACCUGUAUUGACCUUUGCCCUGCUGGCAUGACCAAAGGUGCCAACGGGACGUGUGUGGAUAUAGAUGAAUGCAGAGACGGGACACAUCAGUGCAGAUACAACCAGAUCUGUGAGAACAGCAGAGGGAGCUACCAUUGUACCUGCCCCAGGGGCUAUCGCUCUCAGGGUGUAGGACGCCCCUGUGUGGACAGUAAUGAGUGUGAGCAUGCGCCCCAGCCCUGCGCGCACCAGUGCCUCAACACCCCCGGCAGCUUCAAGUGUGUGUGCCCGCCAGGGCUCCACCUGCUUGGGGAUGGAAAGUCCUGCGCGGGGCUGGAGAAGCUGCCUCCCAGCUACCAGAGCUUCUCAUACGGCUACAGCUCCUCCCAGGACUCCCCUGAGCGGAGCGCCUUCCAGCGCCAGUACCACAGCCUGGCCUCUCAGAGCUACCCCUCCUACGCUGCCACAGGGGGGCGCUAUAGGCAGCGUAGACGCAGGGAGGCCCUGGCCUGUCCGCAGGGGUACGAGGCCAGGGGUGGCAGUUGCCUAGACAUCAACGAGUGUGAGGUGAGGGACACGUGCCAGCAUGAGUGUAUGAACACUCCAGGGAGCCAUAGGUGUCAGUGUCCAGCCGGCUACCGCCUCAUGACCAAUGGCAAGACCUGCCAAGAUAUAGAUGAGUGUCUGGAGCAGAAUGUCCAGUGUGGGACCAACAGGAUGUGCUUUAACAUGAGAGGAAGUUACCAGUGUAUCGAUACACCCUGCCCACCUAACUACCAGAGAGACCCAGCAACAGGGUUCUGUCUGAAGAAAUGCCCUCCCAACGACCUGGAGUGUGCACUAAGCCCUUACGCACUGGAGUACAAGCUGCUGUCCCUCCCCUUUGGCAUUGCGGCCAAUCAGGACCUGAUCCGGCUGGUGGCGUACACGCAGGACGGCGUGGUGCACCCCCGUACCUCCUUCCUGGUGGUGGACGAGGACGUGACGUUACCCUUCGCCCUGCGAGACGAGAACCUGAAAGGGGUGCUGUUCACAACCAGGGCCCUCCGAGAGCCCCACACCUUCAGGAUGAAGGUUCGCUCCCUGUCCUACAGCGCUGACGGAGGCAUCGAGUACCAGACCACCUUCAUCGUCUACAUCGCCGUCUCCGCCUAUCCCUACUGAGAGCACUUUAAAGGGAGGGUGGGGCACUGAAAAGGUUGCGACCUCUGUAUGCAGCACCACUGCGAACAAGCAUGUGUGUGGAUGUAUGUAUGUGUGUGUGUGUGUGGUUGGUUGGUAAAGCUGCCACAUAAGUAAAUGGGAACUAGUAGAAAAAGACUGUUCAUAUAUGAGAACUACUAAGGUGGGACAGGAGAACAGCACUGCAAUCCCAGGAGGCAAAUUAAGAGAUGACUCAACACUCAUCCCUGGUGCACACCAAAGAGUUUACAGAAUAGCGAGUUCCCCUCGGAUGGAAGUAAACAUCUAUUUAUUGGCCAGAUACCUUAAGUAGAAUCCUGUUCUCUCCAAUGUUAAGGGGCUUUGUGGAACUAUAAUGAAUUGUUUGACCCUCUUGUACUUUACACUGCCCUCUCCCAUCCACAAGGUGUUGUGAUCUUUACAGAUGACCCAGACUGCUUCUCCAGGUCCCAUGAUGAGUCCACCGUUGGUCCAGAAUGUAGUCUUCCUCCCCUCCUCCUCUCCUCAGGCUUAAAGUGGUAGAGACAAGAAACAUUAGCGAGCCUUUAUUUACAUCUACCUAUUAACUUAUUGGGAAGUGCUUGAAUACCAAAAAAAGGGUCAGUUCCCUCCUUUGCGUAACUCUUUGGCUGGUUGGUCGCAAAAUGUUGUGACAUCAGACCGGAGAACAGAGCAAAUCAUUUGAUUGGUCUGAAAUGGUGCCUGUAGAGACUUGUUGGCAAGAGGAGUUUGACUGUGUAUCAGUCAGACUUAGAUCGACAUUGCACCAUUGUAUCACAUCUCUUUGGUCAAACUCUUGCCCACCUCAGGUAAUCACCCCUCUUCCUCAUCCCCAGAGUACACAACACACUCCAUUACCUGUGUGUCCGAUAGGAACAGUAGUGGUCAUUACUUCAUUACAGUCAAUACAAUCACAACAUUAAAGGUUCAUAGGAUUCUUUUAACCACUUCCUCCUUCGUCAGUUACCAAGAUGUAUUCUAUUUUUAGGAUUUGUAUAGAAGUGUUGGAUUUUUCUUGUAAUGUAUUUCUAUACUGUAUUUUACUGUAUUACAUUUUUAUAAAAAAUAAAAGAUAUACAAUCAUGAUAA